CGGAAGCGGCCGGCGGCGACGUGGGCGGCGGCGGCGGCGGCGGGCGGGCAUGGAGGGGCUCUACCACCAGACCAACAAGCAAGUCCAUGAGGUCCAGUCUUACAUGGGACGCCUGGAGACUUCAGACAAAGAGUUAGUACACUUAGUAGAAAAUGAGAUUCAGGCAAGAAUAGACAAUAUAUUCAGCAAUUUGGAACGACUUGAAAUCCUGUCCAGCAAAGAACCUCCCAAUAAACGACAGAAUGCUAAACUCCGAGUUGAUCAGCUGAAGUAUGAUGUUCAGCAUCUGCAGACAGCUCUGAGGAACUUUCAACAUCGCCGUUACAUUCGGGAGCAGCAGGAGCGACAGCGAGAAGAGUUGCUUGCUCGUACAUUCACUACUAAUGACUCUGACACCACCAUACCGAUCGACGAAACAUUACAGUUUAAUGAAUCCCUCCAGAAUGCCCAUCGUGGCAUGGAUGAUCUUAUUGGCAGUGGGACCAACAUCCUUCAGGGGCUGAGGGACCAGAGAGUGACACUAAAGGGUACUCACAAGAAGAUCCUGGAUGUUGCCAACAUGCUGGGCUUAUCCAAUACAGUAAUGCGGCUGAUUGAGAAGCGCGCCUUUCAAGAUAAAUACUUCAUGAUUGGGGGAAUGAUUUUGACUUGUGUAAUUAUGUUUCUCGUCGUGCAGUAUCUGACAUGAGCUACUCAGCUAUUCCCAGAGGAGAUUGUCUUUUGGAGCAAGAUGGACUGUCCUCCAAACUGUACUUUCCUCUGAGUUCUGCUUUGGAUGAGCCCUUUCUGUGAACUUCAGAGUUUACAAAUCACACUCAGACAUGUCAUGUGGAAAGCACGUAGGGAAACAAAUUUUUCUGGGGAUGCUGUAGUUGAGAAUGGCCCUAUAGAAAUAACCCCGUCCUUUACUGCUCUCACCUUAUUGCCUGCGAGUUCAAGAAUCUGGUUAAAUAGGAAGCAGAAGUGAAAAUUUUGCCCAGCUGUACUGCAAGGUGGGAGUGACCUUUUGGGUAGCGAGGGGUAAGAGGAUGCAAAGGCAGAGCAUAAGGCGUAACGAGCCUUUCAUGUGCUAGGGAGAAGUGACCUGAUCACUGUAUUUUUCAAUGAAAUAACGCCACUAAGGAGAAUGUCGCACUGUCUGUGGGCACGCUCCUGCGGAGUAAGUGUGCAAAAAGUGAGGGGUUCCCAUCUGCAAGCUCACUGUUUUGCUUGGAGGGAGAAGGAUUUGUGGGGAAGGGUCUUAAAGCACAGUUAUAACCCCAGCAAACUUCUUUGUUUACGCAUACAGUAUUAACCAGCACAAAUCUUCCCGUUUCAGGCUGAAAUGCUUCUUAUCUUACUCAAGGUAUGUUUUGGUACCUUUUAAUGCCCUGCUGCUUCCCAGUGGAAGCUGAAUGCUCUACUGCCUGCUUUGUCAGCUGCAUGAGCCCUGUGUCACUUCACUCUGCCUAGUACCAAAUCUAGCCCCUGAAAUCUGUAAGACUGACAUUUUUUUAAUGCUAGUGCACAUCACGUUUUGGUGAGUUUCAUUAUUUUUCUGAGGUGGUUGGUUGAGGUUUUAUGCUCUGUAGCUGGUAUUUUUUGAAUUGCUGAAACAGGCAAGUCCUUGCUGUGCUCAGAUUCAGAUUUGUGAUUUUUAUGUUCAUAGACCUGGAACGGGAGCUCUGCUCUUCUUUACAUGCAGAAUAACUGGCAUCAGGGCAACAGACCUUCCACUUAAAAUCAGUUGUCGUCAGAAGAGCCUCCUGAAGUUACGUGCCUUGGGAUGGUAAACAUCCCUCAUCCUUCGGAAGGGUGUUCUUUGCAUUAUCUGUUGUACCCGCAAAAUUACUGCGAUAGACAUUCUCAUACAGAUCAUAUCAUGGAGCUGACAGCCAACUUAGACGUAUCUCCUUGGUUGUAGAUAUCUAUCCACAUUUAAAUAUUCACAGUUAUGAAAUGCCUCAUUGUUUAAAUAUGGCACUCCUUUCCCUGUAGGCUCUGGGGGUUCUGUUAGAAUGGUCAAUCAGCCUUCGCAUACAUUCCCAUCCUGAUUUGUGUACAAGUCUGGAGCACUUCCAGAUGUCUGGCAGUGGCACAGAAGUGUCAUGUUCAGGUGAUGUGGCAUAAUGCUGCCAUUUCCUUCAUUUUUUCUCUCUGAAAUGGUUGUGGGUCUCUUAAUUCGUAACAGAUUAAAAGUUCUGCAUUAUAUCUUUGCUGCAAUAAGCUUUGCUUUUAUUAUGUAGCCUGUUGCAAAGUUG